CUAAAAGUUGACCAGCGACGGGCAUACGAAAUUGUUGUCUGGCAUUUGGACCAAACCCUAGCUGGAAAACAACCCCCUCCGCUUCGUAUGAUACUGUACGGCAAAGGUGGAACCGGCAAAUCACGUGUUAUCCAAACAAUUACAGAGGCAUUUGGGCGACAUAACAUGAGAGGGCUUUUGUUGAAGGGCGCAUAUACAGGUGUUGCAGCAUCUUUGAUCGACGGAAAGACUUUACACAUCAUUGGGCACAUUUCUGUCAACAAACGAUCAGAAGUGGGAAUGAGCACAGACACAAAACAAAAAUUGCAAGAGUUCUGGAAAACAUUUACAUACCUGUUUAUCGACGAGUACUCAAUGAUUUCG